UGCACAGGCUGCUCCCAGAGAAGGGGACUCACUGGUUCAUUCUGUCUCCGAUGCAAGAAAACUUCUGAAAGGAUUGUGUUUUUUCUCUAAACUGUUGAAUAUUCGAAGUUCAGUCGGAGGCUCUGUGCUGAUGAAAGCUGGUCCAGGUCACCUAAAGAUGCAGGAUGCUGGUACAAGCUUCUUGCCUUGCCUCCCCACAGCAGGCAGCUGUGAUGGGCAGGUACUGCCUGCUCAUGGCUGUAAGGGGGGUUAGUUACCUUGGCUGUUUCGCAGUGGAACCUUACUGAGAAAGUAAAGUGGGAGGACUUUUGAAAUAGCAGUAUGUGUCCCUUUUGGGUGAUUGCACGCUGUGAGAAGGUGGUUGGAUCUCUCAGGCGACCUCAGCACCGGAUGGUUGCACUUACAAACUAACUAUAAUCAUUUCUGCUUGCCAGAGAAUCAAAAGGAAAAAGAAACAAAGCAGAUUUGCAAAAGGCAAAGUGGAUCCCUCAGCUGUUUCAUUUUUCUCCUGCGCGCAGGUAAGUCGUCAAGCUCCCCCUGAGCGCUGUUUGUUUAAUGACUAAAAAGAAAGCACUUCAUGUCACUCCAAAGGGUAAAUAUCUAAAGUUAUGGAUUAACUAAGUUCCAGCAGAGCUCAUGGCGGAAGAAUAGAUCUCGCUGAUUCGCACAGAAUAAAGCAGUGACUCCUGCUGCAGUAUGUGGAAGUUUGUCACCAUAGGGGUGCUGCUGGCUGCCCUCUCUUCACGAGUAUGUAGUACCUCAAUAUUUUACAGCACUAGAGAUGCAAACCAGGUCCUGAAAAUCCAGAAGCGUGCAAACUCUUUUCUGGAGGAGCUCAAACCGGGCUCUGUGGAGCGUGAGUGCAUUGAGGAGCGGUGUGACUUUGAGGAGGCCAGUGAGAUAUUUGAAACCAAGGAAGCAACAAGAGAUUUUUGGAGCAAGUACGUAGAUGGAGAUCAGUGUGACCCACAGCCUUGUUCCAAUGGGAUUUGCAAGGACAAUAUUGGAAAAUUUUCCUGCAUCUGUAACAAAGGCUGGGAGGGCGUUUUGUGCAAUUAUGAAGUCAAGUACACCAACUGUUCUGUCAACAAUGGAGGAUGUGAGCAUUUCUGUACGGAUGACCCUGCCAACCAGUACCGCACUUGCAGUUGUGCCUCUGGGUAUCAGUUGAUGAAUGACCAUACCAUGUGCAAGCCUGUAGUGGAGUUCCCCUGUGGAAGAGUGAAAACGGACUACAUUGAAGCCAAAGGAGGAUUCAAUAUUCGUCUCAUUGAGGGAAGAAUAGGAAGAAGGGGAGACAGCCCUUGGCAGAUUAUGCUGCAAAAUAGCAAAGGGAAUUUCCUGUGUGGAGGUGUUCUUAUCCAUCCAUCCUGGGUCCUGACAGCAGCACACUGCACUGAGACAGAAGAUGGGCUCAAAGUAAGACUUGGUAAAUUCCACCGUCUCCGUGUUGAGGCAGAUGAGCAAACCAUUUGGGUUGAUAAGUACGUGAACCACGAGAACUACACCAAGGAGACCUCUGAUAAUGACAUAGCCAUGCUGCACUUGGCUGAGCCCGUGAUGUAUAACAAAUACGCGCUCCCUAUCUGCCUUCCCACCCGCGACCUGGCAGAGCAGGAGCUGACGACAAGUGGGAAGCAGAUGGUGGUAACUGGCUGGGGCAGCACAAGUGAUGUUAAAACCAAUUACUCUACUUUCCUCAGUUAUAUCCAAAUCCCCAUGGUUCCCCGGAACGAGUGUGCCCAGGCGAUGAGAUUUGCUAUCUCUGACAACAUGCUGUGUGCUGGGAGCUUAGGAGACAGAAAAGAUUCCUGCAGUGGGGACAGUGGCGGCCCUAUGAUCACUAAGUAUAAGGAUACUUGGUUUUUGGUAGGACUGGUGAGCUGGGGCGAAGGCUGUGGGAGAAAGGAGAAGUUUGGAGUCUACACCAAAGUUAGUCAGUAUCUUGAGUGGAUCCAGCACCACAUAGAUAAGAUGUCAGCUUCUUGGCAGGGUUGAUUCUGAUACUGAGAGUCUGGAAUGUUGUGGCUAUGCGCUAUUGACAGUGUGCAGUGUAAUGUACUGUCAGAUCUUCAGUAUUAAAUACGGAGUAUAUGUUAA